AUGGACAUCCCUGCCGACUCUCCGGCGCUGUUUAUUGAAGAGUUGUCUGACUCUUUACCAACAUGUGUGUGCUACCAUGUCGAAGCAGAAGGCAAAUUUGCGUGGUCCUUGCCCUACUACUUUGAUUCAAUCUCCCAAGCCGUUGAGACCGAAGGAGGUGGCCAAUCACAGCUGGAGCUGAACAAGUUCACCAAAGGAAUUGCAAAGCGUCUUCAACAACAAGAUGUCCAGGAUUUGCUAGGCAAUUGCUUUCAUGCCAGAUCGGCCGAUGGGAGGUCAGAUCAGCUAGAUGUCCCAGCGGUCACAACAGCUGGUUUGAUUUUCAGCCUCUUCGAUUUGGCAGAGACAGCUCGCAUAGAUGCCAAGUCCAGCUUUGCCAUCAGCUACUUGAAGAAGUGCUCUUUAGUGUCUGUUGGCCGUUUGAAUCGGGAUGGUGGUGGAUUUUGCUACUUGUCUGAUCACAGAAGACUUAAAGUGGAAGGCUCAGGAGUCGUUGACAUUCAGAGCUUCAUGGUCAAUGAUCCUGACAUUCAUCGGAACGUCAUGACUGCCUUUCGUAAACUGUGGGAUGACAUGAAGGAGCCAGGUAUUAUUUCUUCUGAGUUCACUGCUGCCUCCUUCAUUGACCUGACAAUCUUCCUGGCAAAGUGCGUCAAGUUCAAACGAGACAGAAAAAUGAAGACACUGAGCUCAAAUGGGCUAUCCCUGAGAAAUUUGCUGCGCAAUGCUGUUGUGAAGUUUUUAGCGGCUUCACUUGAUGUGGUUGUGAUGCAGGCUCAAUUGGCUGGAGACCUCGAAGAGCGGGAGAUCCCAUCUCGAGGCAAGAAGAGAUCAAGUUCAUCAAGGCAGCUUGCAGCCUCUGACAAUGCUGAUGAUGGUGAAGGUCCCAAGCUCCGGAAGGGUCGAAUUUCCGUAGAAAUUGGCACCAUUUGGAACAUGGUCGAUCAUGCCAAGCAGAUCGGAGUGUCUUUACCAGUGUAUCUGCAAACGCAGGAAAAACAGAAGCAUGGAGGGUGCCAUGGUCAGGCUGCUCAACUUUGGAUUCGUAAAAUCCACAACAUGUAUGUCAGUCGAGCCACCUUGGGCUUUAGAGAUUGCGAACACCUCAACUUGAUUGCUGAUGCUUCCCGUUUCUCGGGUCGGGACACUCUCAUUGGCGCUGCUUGGAGCCCGGAGAGUGGUGUGGCCGCAUAUGUCAACAAUCAAUUCUUGCGCAGUGGCAAGUUGAUUGGACCAGGGGACUUCUUACUUGAUGGCACGAUCGAGGUUUUGGCUGCACAGCGCAAAGUUGAGCGUCAGGCAGCGUACUGUUUAUUACAGGCCCUGUCAAACCAAAUAAAACAUCUCACAGGAGGAAGCAAAACAAUUUGCAGUUAUGAUUACGCUGGCACUGACUUGGAGCUUGCGCUCUUGAACUUGACUCCUGGUCACCUUCGUGUUGUGACCAAUGAUGGCAAUGGUGCAAUUCGAGACAUCUUUGUGCAGGACAAAGACAAAAACACGAUCAGGAAGAUUGAUUUGUCAAUGGCUCACACUGCCAACAUCCUGACGCUGGGCAUGGACCAGGGCACGUCGGGGACAGCACUUGCUGGCUUCAUUUGUGGCACCAGCACCCACCUCAUCCACUUCACAUGGGACCCAUACCACCGGUGCUCUCGUGACAUGCGGCUGGCCACAAGCAUGAAGACAAUUGCUGCAUCCGACACCAGAACCCGCAUCAAAUUGAACUUGCAUCAAGCCCAUUUGGCGUCCACGUAUUUGUUUUCAGUCAACUACAAGCCAUAUGGCAACGCUGGAUGGCACCAGUCCAAACUGGAACUGGUGGAGCAUUUCAUGUCAAUGGAGGAUGAGGAAUCUCCUUUGUUUGCAGAGUACAGCGGCUUGAUUUCCCUUGACAUGGGCGGUGUGCCAAUUCGAUCUCAAGCUGACAUGAGGGAAGUUUUUGAAUCAUUGGUCGACCAGCUGAAGAGUGCUCAAUGCAAGCUUGCUCCUGUCAAGACAUCAAGGUGGUUCUCGUGGCACGACACAUGCCAUGCGCAGAUGCGCGAAUGGUGGGCACUCCGGAUGAUGCUCCUGCAUGAGUUUCCAGACGAAGUCAUUGUGGAUGACACUAGCAAGGGCUGGGCUUCUUUGCGCAGUGAUGCUGGUGGCUUGAAAUUAGCUUUGCACUGCACAACCUGGAGAACGUGGUUAUCAGUGAAUGUGCUCUACAUUGGUGGGCAGCCGUUGUGGUCCUGGUAUUCGAACUUGGUGAAGAAAGUCAAGUCCCCGGAACAAGGACUUGCUCAGUUGAUCUCUUUGGCUUCGAACAAGUGGCAAGAAGCACAGCAAGUCAUGGACUUGGUGGCCCUCUUCAGCAACAGUGAACAGUCUGACAGGAUCCAAAAUUACUUGGCGAUUUCGCCGAAACAUUUGGGUCCUGAUGCAACCUGCAACUUCGCAUCUUUUGUGGAGGAGCUUUUUCAUUAUGUCCUCAGUUUGCUUGAGAGACGGUCGAGCUCAUUGAGCAAGCAUAGCUGUCCGCCAGAGGUGUACAGCACAUUGCUGUCCGAGAAUGACGAUGAUGUCCAAAGAACUUUGGGUUUGUUGAUGGGUGACUGGCAGCACUUUCUGAAAGUGCAACAAUCCCGUGGGAAUCAAUUGUUGUCUGCCGACUUGCAAAGCUCAGUGGAUCCAACUGUUCGAUUGGUGUAUCAACUAUGCGAGGUUGGUCGUCACGAUGGUGCCAAAAGAAUCUUGAGAUCACUGCUUUAUGUGCUCCCCGACACGAAGCUGAUCGAGGACGUGCACGGCAAAGUGCGAAAUGAUGCACGUCUCAACACCAACAAGCGUCAAACGUUUGCACAGGUGCAGCAAGUGAUCCGAGACAGUGAUGCUUUUGAAUCACGUGGGAUCAACCAUCCGGCCAAACUGCAGAAAAGUAUCUUCCAAUCCCGAUGGAAGAAAACAAAGGGAGGUCAGAGCUGGAAAGCUUCUUUUGUCCCCAAGACAGAAAAAUUGCCCGAGAAGUAUGGACGUAUCCUUGGCACCAAAUGCUGGAACACAAUUUCGGAAGAGUUGCUGCAUCGAUCAGCGGCUGCGUGGGAACUUUUGCGCUUCCACACCAAGCACUCGAUUGCCUCCAAGCUGAAUGAUGCGCAGCUUUGCAUCAUCCUGCAUCCAGGGAUGGUGUUUCGUACCUUGCUGCAGAUCACACCAGAGGAUCCUGACCCGGAGUCCAUCUUCUUAUGUGUUGCCAACCUAGAUUGGGGAGUGCUAAGCUGGCCUCUGGUUCAACUGGAUGAUGGUCUUCUGGAAUUGGAUCGGGCAGGCAGUUUGCGGUGGCAUUUUGUCUUCAACUUGGAGUGUCAUGAAGCAUGCGUUGCUGAACCUGUUUUCAGUGCUGACAAGAUUGUCUUGAAAGCAGUUGAACAAUGGCUACCAGCUUGCCAAUGCAUGAUUGGUGCUUAUUCUGCUGACAUUGUCUUCAGGAAGUUGGUGACGCUGGCAGAACUUGGGUUCAACGUGAAGAAUGGCAAGUCUUUCUCACGGCCUGACCUGUUGAAACAGAUCGCCUUGGGCGCUAGCAAAGGUGAUGCAGACUUUGCCCAGGCAGUUGUGGAGCAGGAAGAGGCAUCCAAAAAGAAACGGUCCAAAGUUGUCAAUCACCAUACCGAAGCUGGUGGAAGUCAGUUUGCAAACCUCUUGAUGGAAAACAUGGACAAAGAAGAUGCGAAGGAGUUUGCAGAUGAGUUCAAAAGGCAGGAAAAGAUGGCUGAAGAAGUCAAAGCUGAAGAGGCUGAACCUGAAGAAGUCAAAGCUGAGGAUGCUGAUGACUCAGAAAGCCCCAGAGUCAAGAGAAGAUUGACCUACGAUGGCGGCUUUGACGAUUCAGACAAAGGAGACAAAGCUGAGGGCCCUGCUCCUGUCACUCCUGAAAUUGUUGGACAGCUUUCGACUCCUGGCGCUCCUGAAGUCUUCGGCGAUGCCGACAUCUUUGGCGAAGUUGGUGACAUUUCUGGUGACAAGAACGAUGACAAGUUUGACAAGGACAGUGGCUAUAGCCCCAGCAUUGAGGACCAACUUGUUCCUGAAUCGCUGAACCCUUGUACUUUAGAGCCUGUCGCAGAGGCUCUUCCUGAAAACCCUGUCGCAGAGGCUCUUCAUGAAAACCCUGGCGGGCAAAGCGCUGCAUCUUCUGGAGAUCCAAUGGUGCCUUUCAGAGGUGGUGGUGCCGGUGGGCCCAGUGGGCCAAGCGAUCGGUUCACUUUGCCACCUGACAAAGUUCAAACACCUGGAGUGCUGCCGGACACACUUGUUGAAUCGCUCCGGCAACAAAUGCGUGAUUUACCGGCCAAGAAAAAGUAUCCUCCCAAGCCCAAGGCUGGUGAGGCGGCGGUCGGUGAGAAAAAGGACAAAAAGAAGAAAGACAAAAAGAAAAAGAAGGACAAAAAAGGGUCCGAAUGA